UCAAACCCGAGGAGAUGCGGCGCGUUCACACAGCCACCCACACUCUUUGUGGAGCUUUGCUGCACUCUGCCCCUGCACCAUCUCGCUCCCAAUUCAUUCGAUCUUCCCAUCGGUGCUCAUCUGCCCAGCAUCGCAGGGCAGCAGCAGCAGCACUGCAGCCACGAAGGCACCUGUCCACGGCCAGCAGCCCAGCACCCAACGCUCCAACACAGGAGGCUGCCAUCUCCACACAAGCACAAGCAGAUGAGGUCGAGGCGGACGCGCCAAAGCGACGAGAUGAAGAUGUGCAAGAUGAGGACGAUGCGGCCGCUGCAGAGGUGCUGGGCGACGCUCAAGGGGGCGAGGAGGAGGGCAUUCAUUCUGCCGGGUGGGGUGGGAGGCAAACGUUUGAGAACAACGAAAUGCUGGCUCGGCUCACUCGGACGGUUGCUACAAUGUGUGUAUGCUCAGAUUGCGCGUUGUUGUCGACUAUCCGUUGGUCUUGCCGGACACGAGCCCUCUGGAGGGCCUUGACGACAAAUGGCGGGACCAGCUGGCCUAUGCGCCGCUGAAGGAGGCGCUGCGCAUCGCGCUGCAGGUUGGUGUGUCGCCGGAUGCUGAUGUGAGGGCUGAGUGGCACCUGUGUGGCGAGAGGCUCAAGGAUGUGGCCCUUGACGAGACGGCGGCCUUCUUUGUGGCCUACCUCAUGAGCUACAUCGGAUACACUGACCCGCAGCUCUGCUUUCAGGUAGCCAAGAGUGAGUCCACAGGAUGGCACCACACCACAGCCACCAAGGAGGGAAGGCAGCAUCAGCAUCUGGUGGUGGGCGGGUCAUCUGGCUUGAUUGUCUCGUGUGCCGGCUGCGUGUGUACAGGUGGUUGAGCGGCUGGAGGCCCGCUACAAUUCGACAUCCCUCGACCCAAUACCGCACCCUGUAGACCAGACGCACUCGCAAAACACAAAACAUACACACACAGACGCAGAGCUGGCGGAAAGGUCUCUCUCUGGUGUGGUGCCCUGUCUGUGUGUCAGCUGGCGGGACAGUUUGGCGCCAACGGUUCGUUCCGCAGUCUGGUGGACACCAUGCCGAUAGCCAUCAAAACCAAACUGCUGCUGGUACGGUACCUAGAAGUGACUGAUUGACUGAUACAAAGUGGUCUGCCUGCCGUCUUCGUGUGUUGUGUGUGCAGUGUGACGUGUUUCCCCGGGAGACCGGCCUGCAGGAAAUCAAAACGGUGCGCACCUGGCCUGUCUGUCUUAUCGUAAAUGGAGAGGUGCGUGUACGCUCCUCCUCCUUCUGUCUGUCUGUCUGUCUGUCUGUCAGGCUCCCCCCGUGAAGCUUCCAACGUGGCAAACAAUGGACCUCGUCGAGUGGGCAACGCACUCACAUGCAUUGCAACCAACAUACAUACAUACACGUGAGCGUGUGUGUUGGUUGCGCCCGGCGCUUGCCUGCCUGCAGGAUGGAGGAUUGGGAGGCGAAGCAGCCCCGUGUGCGACGAAUGCGGCACGUGCAGGUCACAUCCACACCCACGGCCGCCACCAGGCGCCUCAAGAGCAUGCUCGCACUGCAACUCAGGGAGGUGAGCUCGGCGACACGGCGGGUCCACACUACACUCACUCACUCACUGACUCACUCACUCACAAGCAGGGAGGGAGAGAAGUGCGCAUUUGUGUGUGUGCUGUGCUGUGCUGUGCUGUGCAGGCCAUCCCAGGUGCAUCCAUUGAGAAAAUCGCACAGAUCGCAACGAUUUUCUGGUUGGUAGCACACACAAAGAAUCAACAAUAUAUACGGUGGCAUGGCAUUGACCGACCAUUGCUUGCUUAAUGCGCUUCAUUCUUCAGGAACAGCGACCGGCACUACACGGGCAGCUUGCAGGAAGACACACUCGAGCUGCUCUCAAAGAGGUCAGGGCAGAUACAUAGAUAGAUAGAAAGAAAGACAGAGAGAGAGAGACGUGUUCCCCCUUCUGUUGCCAAUUGUGUGUUGUUUCUUCCAGGUUGUUGAGCAUCCCGUGUGACCUCAUCUCGCCCUACGUGCUGACCCUCACAUCAUCACUAAGACACGCCUCAUGCCCCUCCGCCGCACCACUGUGGCGCCACCUGGCCGACGCCACUCUCCACCCACAGUCAUUCGACGUCCACGACCAGGUGCUGCCCUUUGGCUUUCCCAUCUGGCCCGGCAUGUCGGCCGUCCCCAUGAUGGCUGUCGACCAGUUCGGGGCGCUCAAGGCCGCCAGUGCCAUGAAGACUGCGGCUGCCUCCAGGGGCAUGGGUCGGCGGGGUGAGUGGGACGAGGCCACACUCCCAUCGCCAUUCUCGGACCAGGAGUGGAAGCUGCACGUCUACACCAAGUAAGUACAAACAAACAUAGAUAAACAGAGACCGGAGCAAAAACAGAGACCGUAGUGUAUCAUGGUAGCUGCUCUGCACGAGUAUCUGGGAUUCGUUCAGGCUCUUGACAAACUUCUGCACGGCGGCCCACAUGCCAAGUGAGAUACAUACAGGUCACGAGGCGCACACCUGACAGACGGACCCUUACAUGCGCAUUGCUGUGCGGUCUUCUUCUGCAGGGAGUCCCGAUGUGUUCAACGUUCUCAGCGACCACCUGUCAACGGCCCUCAACGAGACGCUGCAUGAGCUGCCGCACGACCGUAUCGACCCGGCCACCCUCCCCAUUGGCCUGGGCGAGAUGGCCGACAUGGCCGACGGCGUUGUUCAGUCGGGGUGGUACCACCCCAACAUACUCAGGGGAGUGGAGGCCAUCACCAUGAGGACACUGUCCAAAGAGGCCGACUUCGAGGACCUAGAGUCUGCGGAUGCGACACUCGCCUCAUUACGCGGCAGUCCCGCCGACUUGUGUCGACUCUUCAACGCAUUCGCUGUCUAUCGAUACAACCAGGUACGGUACGGUACGGUACGCAACUAAAGGAGAGCAAAGCACCGUUGCCCAGGUAGAUCCAUCUGUGUGUGUUUGUCUGUGUCUGUGUGUGUGUGGACCCGCACCCUCAGGAGGUGGAAGUGAUGGGUGUGUUGCGGCGUGCGAUUGAUCCAUACGUGUCGUCUCUGAAGGAGCACUAUCGGCUGAUGGUUGGCUGCCAUGACAGGCCCACCCCUACGAGUGGUGUUGCUGUGCAUGUCGUGAGGGAGGAGGCUCCUGAUGGGGGCGCGACGGCAGCUAAGCUAUGACCAUGCAUGGGAUGGGAUGACUCGUAUGCAUACGGACGCUGUCUGUCUGAUCAUGGCCGUUGACGGGUCGCAUUUCUCCGACACAGUACGUGACUGAGACCCUUGGCGCUUCGAUUCGUGCAUGAUGUCACGGGAGGCCUCUUCCGCAUGCCCACACGAUGGAUGUAUCAUUCAUGUCACCACUCUGUCUUGUUUUCGCUCUGCCUUUUGACUUGCCGAUGAAUUAAUUCAUCCCGGCGAUGCUGCAC